GUCUUGAUAUAUUUUGCUUGCAUUGUCUUUUUUUUUCUCUUUCUCUCUUAUUUUUUUUUUUUUGGAAAAAUAAAAAAAAAACAGAAGAAAAUUUUACAGUCACAAAUUCAAACAAACAAUCGAGUAGUGUCAGUUUCUCACCUGUAAUGAUUGAAAAAAUUGAAUCAAAAUUGGAACUUGACAAGACAGAAGAAGGUGACCUAGGAAAAGACAACAAUGUAACAACUGUUGAAACUGUUUCAAUUUCAGAACCAAAUGAACAAAAAUUGGUUUUGAAGGUUGAAACUGAGGAGGAUGUUGAAGUUAAUAUAAUUGGGAAUUGUGGUUUGAAAGGUGUUGAAGAUAAUUGUGUGGAUAUUAUUGAGAUUGAGAGUUCUAGCUCCAGUUCUUUUGAUGGUACAGGAUCUGAUACUGAGCUCAGUGAUUUUGAUGAUGAGGUUGAAACGCGGCAGCGCGAGGAGUGGCGUAAGUAUUUGAGAAAGAGAAAAGUGACUGAUCAUUGGAGGAAGUUCAUUCGUCCUAUAAUGCUGCGCUGUAAAUGGGUAGAGCUGAAACUGAGGAAACUUAACGCCAAAGCACGGAAAUAUGAAAAAGAGAUCGCGGCAUACGAUCAACAAAAACAGCUUGAUUUCUUGAAGUUUGCAGUAGAUGAUUUUGAUGUCAAGUCAGUACCUAGAUCUGAAGGAAUUCAAAGGUAUAAAGUCAUGAGGAGAAAGAGAAGGAAGAGAGCUGAAGAAGAAUGUGAUCCAUCAUCAUAUAUGUCAAACCAUCGUUUAUUCUCUUACUAUGAGAAUAACAACCGAGAUAAUGUUGCUCCCGUGGAAGAUCUUCCAAGUGAUGUUGUGAGUGAUAUUGAUUUUGCUGAUAAUGUUCGGGAGUUCAAGGUGAAUAGUAUGCGGUCUUCUGUAGAUCAUCAUAAUGAUGCUGAUAAGUCUGCAAUUGACACCAUUGAAACUAUUGAAGAAUUGUUGUCAAAAGUUGAGAAAUUAAAAACUCGGAUUAAUACUGUGAUGAAUGAAAAUCCAGGUAGUUUUGUUAAGGCAGAGGUGGAAGAUUCACUUCCGACCGACAAUGCAUUACGAACUCAUGAAGCAAAAGCUCCUUUGAUUGAAAAUAUCAACAAUCAAGUUAUAAUUCAGAAUCAGACAGCUAAGAAAGAGUUGCAUGAUUUUACGAAUGUUAUAGUAAAGUUUGAGGAUAAAUCAGUUGAAGAGCAGAAAUUCAUAGCUGCAGCUCAAGUUUCAGACUCUGACAUUGACACUAAGAAUGUUGUACCUAACAUUGGUUCUAUUAAAGCAUGUUCAUCAUCUCAGACUCAUUUCCCUAGGAACACAAGGAGGGUAAAGAGGAAAUUUGGCCCUUAGAAUUGAAGCAGGAGAUAACUGGUGCCAUUGAAUAUGUAAUUGUUAUUUAUUCAUUAAAGAGCUUGUGGAUACAAUGAUUUACAACAUCAUCAUCAUGUGUAAAUUGUGGUUUACUUGGUAUAUAUUUAACUGCAUCAAGAAAAGAUAUUUUUACAUUAUGUGAAUAUGGAGAGCAUACUCUUUCUUCAAGGAUGCUUUUAAUUUUAUCUAUUGGAGAAAUCUUGUAUAAGGGGGUAUUGUUUGUUGAUGUACUUGGUGAUUAUUAUUAUUAUUACUUCAAUAACUGAGUGGAUAUUUUCUUUUUUUA